AGGUGAAGCGCUAGUACUCUCAACUGAAAGGAUACCGUUCGGUUACAGUGUACUAAAAUGAACUAAUAGUAUGUACUCAUUGUGUAGUAUUCAAACACAGCUAUGGUUUGUAUAUGUUUGAUAACGUCCCAUGUAUUCCAUUCCAGCCAUUACAAUGAGCCCGUCCUCCUAUAGCUCCUCCAACCAGCCUCCUCUGUGGUAUACAGGUGUCGGGCUGGUUGGUGGCCAAUUUUUUUCUCCCUCUGUUUGUAUCAUAAAUGUAACGUGAUUGAACACACACUAUCGCACAGUAGGUGGCGGCAUCCACAAACAAAAUGUGUGAACGCCAUGAUACCAAAGAAGAAGAUAUAACCCACCCUCGCCAGCCUUCCUUCUGAGAAGCAGUCAGUCAACCGGCUGUUGCAUUUUUCGGUUAUCGAUUGGUCUUGUCUGGACCGUGAAGUCGCGGGAGAGUUUGGACAAAAAUGGUGGAUAAAUAAAAUAGAGUUCACUAAGGCCGUUUAAAAAAAGUAUCAAUUUACGGUCUGGGUGGCGCUCCCAUAGACACCAAUGCGAUAGCAGCUGGGUCUGGUCUGCUUUGUUCAUUGAUUGAACCAGAAAAAACAGCGACUGGAUUGGAAUCCUUCCUGUCCCCCUCAAAAAAACGUGACUAGCUAGCAUAUUGACGCCGAUAAAUACAGAAACAAAUGGCUUUGAAUGGUGACCGUUAGGAUCGCGUGACAAGAAUGGAGGAUAAUUUGGAGCGCGUGCUCCAUUGCGAUGACAAGGAGGAGUUGAGGCGGAAACUGGCCCUGCUACAGAGGGAGUACUCCAGGACAGUUCGGAGAUUACAGCGAGCUGAGCGUUCAGAUGCCGUGCGGAAGCAUGUGAGGAGUCGGAUCUCUGAGCAGAACCUCCAGGACCAGACAGACCCAGUCCCUGCCAGCACCUUUCCCAACCCAGCUCUACCUCCCCUCUCACUUGGUAGCCCUGCUAGGACAGCCCCAGGUUCGGCCUCACCACCAGGCCCCGCUGGAGACUCGACUGUGGCGGCAUCGUGUCCGGUGGAAUCUGAGAACCCCAGGCGGAGGAGUCCGUCCAUCCGCUUCCUCCUCCCUGUCGAUGACUCUUGCCCUCGGACACCUGACCUUAACCCUCACAGACGAAGCCACUCCCUCCGGCUGAGGUCACGGAGAAGCCGGCUGCGCUGGGAGCGGACGGGGAGGGUCCAGGGCGGCGAGGGGGCAGGGGGGAGGUACGACACUGAGACCAGCGAGGAUGGGCUGGAGCUGGAAGCACAAACAGAGAAAGAAGAGGAUGGAGAGAAGAGAAAUAUGGAGGAAGAGAAGGAGGGUGUAAAGAAAGAGCUAGAGAGGGAGGAGAAUGAGAGGGAAAUUCCAGAUAAAGAGGCAAUGAAACAGAGCGAUGGAGAGGAGAGAGAAGAACAGAGGACAUAUGGACAGAAGGAGAUCGGUUCACCCCUUCCUUCUCUGAGGAGAGAUGGAGAGAAUGAGAGAGAAGAGGGAAGUGAUUCAGGAGCUGAGGGAGUCUCCGUGUUAGGGGCUGUUGGGUUGUGUAACACUGGGCGAGUCCUGGACUCGUGCACCCUGGUGGAAGGUCUGCCGUUCCCAGUAGAAUACUACAUCAGAACCACAAGACGCAUGGCCUCUUCACAGAGCCACAGAGACCUGCAGGCUGUCAUUCUGAACCAACUCAACAGGGGGCACCACAGAAGGAGCAAGGUCCGGAUGUCUAACACACACUCACUCUCAACUUCACACUCCGAAUCACUAGCACAACCCUCCAAUCACCGCCAGUGCUCCAGUCAACUGACCUCAAACUCACCGACCAAUCGCACACCGGUCGAGGAGCCAUCAGCCAAUCAGAUGCUUACCGCUGAGUCAGGGACCAAUCAGAGUGAGAGUUUACCCUCCAGAGCCUGCAGUGUUCGGCCUAUCAGAGGCCGGAGGAGGAGAGGAAGGAGGCCGAAACUGGGCCGCUCUCUAAGUUUGGACUCGGAUCCUCCAGCACCAGUCCCAGACAACACCCAGACCCCGGCCGCUAUUAGCCCAGCCUCACAGCCUCUCCCUGGGGGUGGAUGUACGGAGCGCUGGCCUCUCUCUGGAGGUGUGGAGGAACAGCUUUAUCCCAUCUUCAGAAGGAGCUGUGUCUCUCCCCUCAUUCACACAGCAAAGCAGAGCAAAGAGAGUGUGUGGUCUCUCCUUCUGCCCUCCUCCCUCUCCCCUGGAGGACCAGCAGUGCACCCUGGGAGUCUGGGCCGCGUCAUCUCAACCUUUGACCUCCAGGAUUUCCAUCUCCCCGACGACCAGUUCGGACAGCUAAAGCUCCAGAAGCUUCGCGCCUCGUCUGCCGUUGCCGAACCGGAACCCUUCUCACCUUACAACAUGCGUCGUCGCCGCAACAGAGGCUCGGUCCACGGUCUCCACGGCGACACAGGCGGUCAGAUGUCUAAAGCGCCUACGCCUGAGCCCCUCCCUCUCAGCCUCACCCCUCCUGUCACAGACUGCGUCACUCCGGUAGAACAGUCUAUAGACAGAUCUUUAGGCCAGCAUCUUAUAGACCACCCUAUAGGCCAGCAGUCUACAGACGCACUAGACCAUUCUACAGACCUCCAUUCGGAGUACCAUUCAGUUUGCCAGUUUACAGACCACCUUGUAGACCAGCCUACUGGCCAUCAGUCUACAGACCACCUUGUAGACCAGCCUACUGGCCAUCAGUCUACAGACCACCCUGUAGACCAGCCUAUAGGCCAUCAGUCUACAGACCAGCCUACUGGCCAUCAGUCUACAGACCUUCCUGUAGACCAGCCUAUUGGCCAUCAGUCUACAGACCAACCCGUAGACCAGCCUAUUGGCCAUCAGUCUACAGACCAACCCGUAGACCAGCCUACUGGCCAUCAGUCUACAGACCACCCCGUAGACCAGCCUACUGGCCAUCAGUCUAUAGACCAACCCGUAGACCAGCCUACUGGCCAUCAGUCUAUAGACCACUCUGUAGGCCAGCCUAUAGGCCAUCAGUCUACAGACCAGCCUACUGGCCAUCAGUCUACAGACCACCCUGUAGACCAGCCUAUUGGCCAUCAGUCUACAGACCAACCCGUAGACCAGCCUACUGGCCAUCAGUCUACAGACCAACCCGUAGACCAGCCUACUGGCCAUCAGUCUACAGACCACCCCGUAGACCAGCCUGUAGGCCAUCAGCUUACCGUUUUAGUAGGCCAGUCUAUAGACUUUCCUUCAGUAGACCAGCAGACAGGCCGACUCACUACUGAGUGCCCUUCCCUUCAAACUGAAACCAAGACCGAGUGCCCUCCCGAGUGUCCAUCCUUCCACACAAAGACUAAAUGCCUUUCUCCGUGCCCUACGGAGUUCCCUGUCGAGUGCCUUACCAAAUGUCCUUCCGUGUGCACUACUGAGUGCCCUUCCCUCCGGACGGAGACAGAUGCAGAGUGUGCUGUCCCCCCCAGCCCUUCCCUGCUCCUCCUUAGCCCCUCCCUAACCAGCCACACCCCUCACGGACACACCCUUUCCCUCUCCUCCAUUCCCCCCUUACCUUCCUUAGGGAUGACCCCUAGCCCCUUGACCCCUAACCCCAACAUACCCCUCUCCCUCCCUGACAGCCCCCCAUUACCUUCUUUAGAGGCGGUGACUCACAUCCUCUCCUGCCCCCCCACUCUGACCCUCCCUCUCUCCUGCCCUCCCUGCCGCCCCACUCUGACCCUCUCCUGCCCUCCCACUCUGACCCUCCCCCUCUCCUGCUCUCCCUGUCCCCCUACUCUGACCCUCCCCUUCCCCUCUAGUCCCUCCACCCAAGCCCUCUCUCCUCCCUCCCUCUCUCCCUGCCCAUCUCCAAUCAUCCCUCUCUCCUCCUCCCCUCCCUCCCUCGCUCUCUGCCACCCCAGCCUGGUUGAUUCCCUGCCCCAACUUUUGCUCCCUCCCACUCCUCUACUACUGCCUCAAUCUCUCCCUCCAACCCCAAAUACACCCCCUCCAUCGCCCCCUAUCCAGCUUCUUCGCCAGCCAGCUCCCUCUCUCCACUCAACCAGACAGGCCACCGAGGAGAGAGGAGAGGGAGAGGAGGAGAGAGCGUUGAGGAAAAAAGAGGAGAAGAGGAGGGAUGGGAUGACAGAGGAGGGUGUCUUAAAGCUCUCUCACACACUGAAGGCCCCUGCAGGAGGCAGCCUGGUGGAUGUCUGCUGUGUGUCGUGGUUGUCAGUAGGUGUAUGUGUAGCGGUGGCAGAAGAGUGGGAGGUGUGUGUUUGGGGUCAGAACAACCCCCCACACUGGAGACGACUCCACACCUGGACCUUCAUAGAAUCAGUGAUGUCAGUGUUUCCUGUGUCGGACGCUCCUGGGCUUCUGUGUGUGACUCUGGGCCAGCUGGAAAUCAGAGAGGCCAGGGUACUGUGCUGCUCCAGUCUGUCCCAGGCGGUGCUGUGUGAGGGGGAGAUCCACAUGGUGGUGGGCAUGUCCAACCGAAGGCUGGUUAGCUCCUCCUACUCUGUCGCCACAACCCCGCUGCAGGUCUACACACUGACACAGGAUGGCAGGCUGCAGGCCUGCCUGUCUUUGGUCUGUCCUACUGAGCGCGUGCAGACCGUGGCGGCGGUGGAGGGACAGACUGACGCUCUGAUUGGCUCAACCCACGGAGGACAUGUUGUUCUGUGGAACGUGACGACGGGGCAGCUGCUGCGGAGCAUCAAUCUGGGAGAUGGUUUCACGGAUACGACCUGCCUCCGAGGAUACUCCCUCUGCGGGGUGCUGUUUGUCCUGUUGCAACACCCGUCCCUGUGUGCUGUGGAGGAGGAAGAGGGAGGGGCUCUGUUCUCGCUGGUCGCCACCAACCCUCUGACUGGCACCGUCGCCCUGGCAACCAGACUAGGCCUCCCCAAAGCCUGCACCGGGAGGCUGGUGGAGGUUGAUGUCCAUGGAUCCAGUGUGAUUGGGGUUUUCCGGUCCGGCUCCGUGUGUGUGUGGCAGCUUGGGGGGCGUCAGGGCCAGCAGGGGGUCUGGUUCCCAGAGCUGGGGUGUCAGCUCGCCCGUUGGGGGGCGCAGGGAACUGUCCUGACAGCACACCUCAAUGGAGACGUCUGCUUACACCGCUACAGACCACUCUGAACAACUACAGACCACUAUAGAACACUCUGAACAACUACAGACCACUAUAGAACACUCUGAACAACUACAGACCACUCUGAACAACUAGAGACCACUCUGAACUACUAGAGACCACUAUAGACCACUCUGAACAACUACAGACCACUGUAGAGCACUCUGAACAACUACAGACCACUGUAGAGCACUCUGAACAACUACAGACCACUCUGAACUACUGUUAUACAUGCCAGAGAGGUAUGUUUGUUCUACCAAACACAUUUCUAUCUGAAGGUUGUCCAACGUGUCCUGCUGAAUGCAGCCCAGAAGGGUCUGCUACAUAGCAGGAACAAUGAGUUAGCGCUCUAACUUUGAUAAGCAACCAGAAAUAACUAUUGAUUUUCUGGUUCAUUAAGAAAGCUAAACUUAGAUAUGUGUUUUUGGUUGUUUUAUUAUGCCAUGCACUUAAUAUAUUUCUAUAAAACAAGUUAUUUCAGAAUAUUUAGGCAAGUUAGCUGGGUAACACAUUGAUCUUGCUUUGUCGUAAACACCUGCAACCGUGACCUCUGGUGCUGAAUCACAUUUUGAUUCUGAUUCUUCUGAAUCACUUUCUACCACAUCCAAAUGACAUGGUUCAACUGUUUGGUUCCUGAGUCUGUUCCAUAUGUUCCUACAUAUAAAUGACAUGGUUCAACU